UGUGGUCUUCUCCUCUGCAUCUGGCAGCGAUGUCGUCCGUGCCUGGCUCUACACCGGGUAGUUUGAGGAGGAGUCUGGCGGAGCUGCUCGCCAGCAGGACCAGAAAGCCAGACAGAAAAGCUGAACACAGCAGUAAAAGGAUCCAGGAGGCGGCUGUGUAUUUGCUGAGCUGUCAUCAGGAUGUGAAUCAAUUUCUGCUGGAGAUACAGGAUCCUCCUUGUAAGAAAGUUUGUGAUGGUGAAAACUCAGAUUCCAAACAUCCUCCGAAAUCUGCCCUACUUCCAGCAUCAUUUAUUGGUUCCACCUUAAGAGAUCAGGCGUUACAUCUGGGCAUACCAGCUGAUGUACUUGGUGCAAGAGCAGCUGUCUCUAACAUCCAGCAGAUCUGCCCUAAUGUAGGAAACAACACGGAGGAAGUAUGGCUCAGCCAAGACCAGCGAGACAGGUUGACAGCUUUUCUGAAGACACUGAAAGUGCUGAUGGCAGAAAAUUGUUUCAGAUGCUCCGUUUUCUUAAAGGAGAUGUGGGAGCAACCGCGCCCACCAGUGUUAGAAGUCGUGUGGCACCUACACAGUAUGGACAUAGUGGAUAUAGAGGACAUACUAGAGAGUUGUACAGACAUGAGCUGUGCUGUGGCUUGGUUCUGCACGGAAAUGCGGGCGCUGUGUCUUCACAUGGAAAAUUCAUCUGUUGAUCAUGAGUAUGUGGAACAGAUCAUAUCUAACCUGUUGGCUGUGCUGAUUGGAAGAGCUUUUUGUCAGUCGUAUUCCUCUGUAAAGAAUCCAGAACAGUCCAAAAUGACCAAGAUCUCGCUCUCCAUCCUGGAUGCAAUGCUUUCAUGGCUCCUUGAUGCAGUUGUAGAAGCAGGAAGUGGUCAGUCAUACAAGCCAGGAGUUGAACGACAUUGGUUAAUUGCCUAUAAAGUCUCCAGAUACAGAGCCCAUGUGAUUCCAGAAUCUCUAGAGGAAUUCUUUCUCCACACGCUCAGUCAGACGCUUACCUAUAAGCCGAAGCUGAAAGUUUCUGACGCCAUCCGAUUUCAGGGGAACUGGAGCUUUGUAAAAACAUGCCCGUUGUUGAUGGAUUUGUACCGAAAGUUGUUUGUGCUGCUGAAUGCUGAAAAGCUGACUUCACAUGUACAGAGCAUUUUGGAUACACAGGAGGUCAAUUGGCAUCAUGUUUUAUCUUUUUUUUCCUGCCUUGUCAUCUGCCAAUCUGAGGCUCAGCAUCUGGUGAAAGAUCUCUUAAACCGUCUCCUGUCUCAGGCCUUUGAGACCUAUGAACUGGAGUAUCUCAUCACUGCUUUCCUCAUUGCUCGCCAAGCUGCUCUUGAAGGUCCUGCCGCAUUUAUGUCCUACACGGAGUGGUUCAAGGGCACGUUCGGUUCUCCCAGCUCCCAUCAGAGCACCAGCAAAAAGUCUUUAGUCUUCCUGUUGAAGUUUCUUUCUGACUUGGUUCCAUUUGAAACACCACAAUACUUAAAGGUCCAUAUCCUACAUUCACCAUUCGUUCCCACAAAAUUCCGCCCUUUGCUGAUGGAAUAUAUUACACUGGCCAAGACCCAGCUUGCAGAUAUGAAGGUUUCUAUUGAAGAUAUGGGCUUGUAUGAGGACCUGUCUGUUGGAUCAGAUAAAGAUCAGCCACAGCCUCAGGCACAACAGGACGUGGAGAAGGCUCUAAAGAUAUUUGAGAAUACUGGCAAGAUACCAGCUAGUUUAAUGGAAGCCAGCAUUUUCCGGAGGCCAUACUUUACAUCGCGCUUCCUGCCUGCACUCCUCACCCCCAGAGUGCUGCCGAAGGUUCCAGAUUCACUCAUGUUACUCAUUGAUGCAUUGAAACGAGCCGAUAAGAUUCCUGCAAACAUGCUCAGCUCGUAUCUAGAUGCCUGUGAACUACAGAAGCAUCGGAAGUUGGAAGGCAAUGAGAAGAUGGAUGUGUCAUUGAAUGAGGAGCCCAUGGCGAGGUUACAGGCAGCACUUUGGGAGCUGAGACCAUAUGUCAUGGAAGGCAAGCGAUAUGAUGAGGUCUCAUCCCAGGUGGCUGUGAUUUCGGAUAGGCUGACGGCAGUGAUGGGAUCUGGUAGUACAAACACCAUUUCUGUGAUCUCAGAGCCACUUUUUUCUUGUAGAAUUGAAGAGCUGGAGCCACAGGAACUGACGGUGUCUGACUUACUCCUCACAUCCUUUUGCCAUUGUGUCAUGGCAGCCUCCAGUACAAAUCCACCUGAUCGCCAGGGACCAUGGCCAACCCUAUAUGUGAAGAUGCUGUUUGGGCAUCGUAGGGCCCUUUUUGCUUUGCUGACCAGGAUCUUGCAGCUCUUGUGUCAUCAGGCUCCACUUCUGAAAGACGCCCAUGUAGUAGGACUUGCUGCUUUCUCAGUCCAUUUACAUGAGUGUCGAAAGUCCCUGGAGUCCCCAAGUUCUGAUGCCCCCUCAUUGGACAAGUUCUGGGAAGCUCUGCUAAAACUGCAAUGUUCAGGUUCUUUUCCUUUAGUUCUCAGGUUCUGUACAGGGGCCAUUUCCUAUGCGUGCUGCAGGUUCUCGCCCAUUUCCCCAGAUGCAUCCUCCGACUCUUUCCCUCCACUGUUCAUGCGCAAGAUACAGCACCUUCUGCCCAGACUGGUCCUGGAAACAAGGAGGGAAGGCAUGGUAGAGGAAGAGAUGGACACCACGGUUGUUUUCAGUGCCCUGUCCCUUCCUUCCCCAGAAUGGAAAGAAGCUGCACUUUCUCUAUGGCGCCAGACAUGUGUGCAGGAACUUUUUAAAAAGGAUUUAUUCCAGCUUUCAUUCAGGGACUGGCUGCUGUGGGAGAUGUCUCUAAAUCCUGACGUAGAUCCUCUGUCUGACAUGGAGAGGCAGGACUACCAGCGAUGGGCAGUCAAACAGUUUUUUCUCCCCAAAUCCUCUGCUAUUGGUGGAUGUGGAAACAAUUUGGAAAAGGCCUGUUCAACAAUAGUUGAUGCCGUCUUAGAUUUUAGCGCUGGUUGUGACCUUGGUCCUGGAAGUCAUCCAUCUCAUGGCCGCACAGGCCUCAAUGGCAUCCUUAGCCGUUUACAGGUAGGUCUGCAAUCCAGCCAGAGCUUGUCAUCAGUUACAAAGUUAGAGUUGGUCUGCGACUUCUUGAGUCACUCGGGAAAAAACAUUCAAGGUAAUUUCCUUCUUGAUGUGUUCCAUCGCAAGUUAACAAAGGAUUCAGACAGCCUGGAGAUAGGAGCCCAACUCAGAAGACAAUGCAAACUCACCAUGUGCUGCAGGAUUGUCCUGGGACUGCCCUCUUCAUUGCUGGUGACACCAUACUCUGACAGAGGCCUUACUACACUCAAAGCGGAUGACUUCUUUCAGUUUGUCAGCAAGCAUUUGAAAAAUAUCAGUCCGCGAGGAUACGCCCUACCGUACGACCUCACUGCUCACUUCUUCAGGGGGUUGUUGAGCUCCAGUGCUCAGUGUGAAGAUCCUGAAGAAGCGGUGAAUUCUGUUCUCACUACUGCUUAUGCACACUGCCCCAUCAUGAUGACCUCCGCUGCGCUGUGGUGGCCCCAGCUGGAUGCAGCCAUCAAGUGUCAGUGGAACUGCCUGUAUGAAGUUGACUUGCCCAAGGAAAUUGAAACGUUGAAGCAAAUGCAAGCUGAUGUGGACAGGUUUCUCUCUCGUGGAUCGGCUCUGCCCCUCACCGACACCAUCUGGCUCUCAGCCGCCUUCCUCCAUUUCACCGUAAGAAGGAACAAAGUGCCAAAGAAGAGACUUCCAGAACUACUUGGUAGUUUCAGCUCAAAGUCUGUGCAGCUGUUGGAUUGUUUACUGUUCUUCUCCAUCGUGGAUCUGAUCCCUCUGACACUGAAGGGGGGAGCUGAACACAAGGUGGCACUAGAACAUUGUAUACAAACCAUCCAGUGUGUGGAGGAGAGGGGAGGGAGCUGGCUUACCACUUGUCAGCUAAAACCAGAAAAACAUAAGUGUCACCUCCAUCAGUCCGUCUCUGAAGAGUUUCUGAAGUUGCUCCCCCUGGCGUUCUUCAGUUUAGCGGAGUGUCUUCCUGUGGAAAGUCUGGCCAAGCAGCAGAACUUUCUACCCAUUUCGCUAGAGAUGUAUACUCAGCUCUUCCAACUCUUUCUGGAUGGUAGCCCUCUUCUCGAUCCCCUGCAGACAGAUCCGCAAACCGUCUUCAGCAAGGGGCGCAAGUUCCUACUUGGCUGCAUUCUGAAGGGCCAACAGACUAGCGCUGUGUUCAGGAGUCGCCUGCCGCAGAUUGUUGGCUCCUGGGAGGAGAAGGACCCCGAGCUGGCUGGCUUGCUUCAGAAUUUACUACACUGCAUGGAGGAUGACUGUAUGUACGACGAGCCCGAUCUAUUUUAA